AUGGCUUAUAAUAAAGAAGCAUUGUCUCUUGUAGUUGAUAUUGGUAUUGGUAUGUCUCAAGCAGCACCAGGAUUUGAUUCGCCUUUGCAAAUAACAAGUGAUAUGUUUCAAAUGAUUGUUGAGAGAAAAAUGUUUCAAGAGAGUAAAGACGAAUUAGCAUUGAUUUUAUAUGGUUCUGAUGAAACAAAUAAUGAUUUAGCAGAUGAAAAUAAUUAUCAAAAUAUCAAUGUUGCGUUUUCCUUAUCACCUGCUAAUUGGCAUUUAUUUGAAGAAAUACAAAAAAUCAAACGAGGCAAUAAUCCAGCUGAUUUUUUAUAUUUUGAUCGUAUUCCAUUAUGGGGAAAUUUUAUAAUAACAAUUAGCGUUGGUCUUAUAAUUGGUCUUUCUGUUAUAAUAUUUGUUAAGACAUGUCUAAAACAAACAUUCAAGGUAAAAUGA